AUGUUUAAAUCACUGACAAUGAAAUUCAACAAGGUGCAACCUAGAGAAGGGAACGAUGAGAAUACACAAGAUCCUGGUCCAAGCAGUCAGUCCCAGCGGCUCAGGACACAGGGAGGAAAUAAAAGUGAAAAGAAAUCUCUCAAAACCAAGAUGACUCCAGUUACAUUUGAAGAGUCACACAUCAGAAUACAAGACAAAAUCUCCGAGAAAAAUUCGCGGCGAGAUCUGACCACAAACCCUGACCCUCAAAGUCCAGCAGAAUCCGCCAGAACGAUGCCAGAGCAGAGGGAAACGGGGGCUGAGAAAGAAGAUCCGGUCAGACGACUUGGGGCCCCUGUCAUAAACGAGCACGCCGACGCCCAGCUCUGCGACCUGGUGAGACGGCUGCGUCAGAGGACAGCCCUCUACAAGGGGAGGUUGGCCGAAGGAGACAUGUCCUCCCCCGAAGCCAGCCCCGACGCGGCAAAGCCCACAGCUGCAUUGUCAACACCAGAAAGCAGUGCCAAGCCAGAAGGAGAACGUUGCCAUCACAUGUUGUGUUGUAAACUCCAGAAGGUGCCUCUCACAGGCCACCUAAAGCAAGUCAGACUUCCAAGAAGCAUAGAUUCAUACACAGAUCCACUCUAUCUCCUGUGGCUCUCGAUCGUCACCGCUGCUGGAGAAUGAUAAAUGUGUUAGAGGCCACUGUCUUGUGCUUUGGUACCCUAUAAACCGGACAACACGUGCUACUGGCUCCUGGUGGACCUCGUGUGCGACGUCAUCUACCUUUGCGAUAUGUUGCUGAUCCAGCCCAGGCUCCAGUUUGUAAGAGGAGGAGACGUCAUAGUGGAUUCACAUGAGCUGUUGAGGCAUUACAGGAGUUCUACAAAAUUUCUGCUGGAUGUCGCAUCGGCGAUGCCGCUGGAUGUCUUGUGCCUCUACUUUGGAUUUAAUCCAAUAUUUAGAACAAAUAAGAUAUUAAAGUACACUUCAUUUUUUGAGUUUAAUCAUCGCCUGGAGUCUGCGAUGGACAAGGCGUAUGUCUACAGAGUCUUCCGGACCACGGGGUACCUGCUGUUCACUCUGCACAUCAACGCCUGCAUCUAUUACUGGGCUUCAGCCUAUGAAGGACUUGGAACCACGAAAUGGACGUAUAACGGUGAAGGAAACAAGUAUCUGAGGUGUUACUACUGGGCAGUCCGAAGUUUGAUUACCAUUGGAGGCCUUCCAGAUCCGCACACUUCAUUCGAAAUCGUUUUUCAACUGCUGAAUUUCUUCUUGGGAGUUUUUGUGUUCUCCAGCCUAAUUGGUCAGAUGCGAGAUGUGAUUGGAGCAGCAACAGCCAAUCAGAACAGCUUCCGGAUCUGCAUGGAUCACACCAUCGCCUACAUGAACAAUUAUUCCAUUCCCAAGAGCGUGCAGAAUCGGGUUCGGACCUGGUAUGAAUACACGUGGGACUCUCAGAGAAUGCUGGACGAGUCCGACCUGCUCGGGGCCCUGCCCGCUACGAUGCAGUUGGCGCUCGCUGUCGACGUGAACUUUGGCAUCAUCAGCAAGGUCGACUUGUUCAAGGGUUGUGAUACACAGAUGCUUUAUGACAUGUUGUUAAGAUUGAAAUCCACUGUCUAUUUACCUGGUGACUUUGUCUGCAAAAAGGGAGAAAUUGGGAAGGAAAUGUAUAUCGUCAAGCAAGGAGAAGUCCAAGUGCUUGGAGGCUCCGACGGUACGCAAGUUCUGGUCACUCUGAAAACUGGGACAGUGUUUGGCGAGAUCAGCCUUCUUGCAGCGACAGGGGGGAACCGUCGGACUGCCGACGUGGUGGCCCACGGCUUCGCCAACCUUCUAACUCUGGACAAAAAGACCCUCCGAGAAAUUCUUCUGCGUUACCCAGAUUCUGAAAAGCUCCUCAUGAAGAAAGCCAGAGUGCUGCUCAGGAAGAAGGCUCCUGCCACAGAGGCGACCUCUCCAAGAAGAGGACUCGCCUUGCGCUUCCCCGCCAAACCAGAGACACCCAGAAUCUUGAAGGCUCUCCUAGGAAGCCCAGGAAAAGCUGGACUCGUGAGGCGACUCAGGCUGAAGAGAGAGCAGGCCGGCCCGGUAAGCAGAGACUCCAAGGGAGGAGAGUGUGAAGGAACAGGGAGCGAAGGUCAAGGGAGCGGACCCACGGGCAGACCCACGCACAGCGCGGCUCCCGUCACAGCUAGCAGGGCCGCGUGGCCUAGAGGCGCCGCCCAGCCGUCACUCGUGGUCAGCAUGGCUCCCUCCGCCGAGGCCGGGGAAGAGGUGCUGACAGUUGAAGUCGAAGAAGAGGCUCAGCAGUAA